GGUCCACCGCCGCCACCCGGCCCUUCUGUCGCCCUCCUUGUUUCCCGGGGACGGGGAAGGCUGGGACCCGUGGCGCGGCCUCCUUGGCAACGGCGGCGUCUCACUCCUCACCCGGGUCUGCGGGGCCUCCUCUCCCUGGGACUCCCUCUCCCUCUCCCUCUCCGGCCAGCGGCAGGUACAUUUCACGAUUAUAAUACUGCAAGAGAUGAGAAGAAUGUUCACAGUACGAUCAAGUUUGCCGUGCUUGGCACAAGUGUUAAAAGUGGCACAAGAGAGAGCUUUUUCAAUCUGUCUGGUCCAUGGAAACGCACACAAACUUUCUUCUGUCCAUACAAUUUCCAAACUUACCACAAAGAAACUUAAGAGUAUUAUUUUUCCGCUCAAAGACUUGGAACAGUACUUAGUCAAGAAUGCAAAUAAACUGAACUCUCACCUAUUUGCUCCAUGUUUUGAAGAUAUUGCUGCUGCAGAACAAUUCUUCGUGCCUUCGAAAUCACACAUUAUAGAUUAUUUCACCUCUGCGGUCAGGAUUGAUCACGCACCAGUGACAGUUCAACCUGAGGUGUGUUUUAUAGGGAGAAGCAAUGUUGGAAAGUCUUCAUUAAUAAAAUCUUUGUUUUCCUUGGUUCCUGGUUUAGAAGUAAGAGUUUCAAAAAAUCCUGGGCAUACAAAGAAAAUGAAUUUCUUUAAAGUGGGAAAGGCUUUUACUCUGCUGGAUAUGCCUGGUUAUGGAUACAGGGCACCUUCUGAUUUUGUGGAAAUGGUGGAGAUGUAUCUACAAGCAAGACAGAACUUAAGGAGAACAUUUUUAUUGUUGGAUGGCUCAAUAGGAAUUCAAGAAGCAGACCAAAUAGCAAUUGAGAUGUGUGAGGAGUUUGGAAUUCCAUAUGUUCUAGUAUUAACGAAGAUUGACAGACCCCAGCAGGGUAAUCUAAUGAAGGUGAUCAUGAGUGUACAAGAAGUGAUAGAGAAGCAGACUCUCGGGUGUUUUCCUCAGCUCUUCCUUGUCAGUUCUUUGAACUAUUCUGGGAUUCAUCUGUUAAGGUGCUUCAUUGCUCACGUUACUGGGAAUCUUACGAUUAAAGAGGAUAUCUCCAUUUCUUCAUGAAGAGGGGAAAAUUCUCAAAAGGUGUGAACAUUGACUUCAAAAUAUCAUGACAAAACUUUUGUCCAGCAACAAAUUCAUUAAACUGACCUUUUGAAUAGAGAUUGCAAACUUGAGGUCAAUUCAAAGUUGACCUCAUUACGAUGGCAUAUGGUGUAUUAUUAAGAAUCAUUACAUAAUCUAUCUUUGUGUAAUAUCUGCAUAGAUUGUAUAAUUUAAGUUUCAUGAGUACCUGUAUUUCUGAUUGUAUGCAAGUAGAAUCAGUUGCCUUUGGUCCAAAAUUGACUUAUAGCAUUGAAAGUCAUAGACCAUUCAAUUAUGGUCGGAUCAGUUAUGAUAAUUAUAAAUAUAAACUUUUUAUGGUUAAAUGGAAAA